UUCCUCGACCUCGCACUCGCAAUUCCAUUUCCAGAGUAUAUUCCACCAUACUCAGGGACAAUUAUUCUUCUGACUGUCGCCACCCGGACAAUACUGACCUUACCAUUCUCUAUCUGGGCCCGGAAACGUCAAAGGAAAACGGAAGAAGUCGUGAUCCCGCUACUCAAAGCGGAACGCCCUGCAAUACUGCGAAAGGUCCAUGAGGAGAUGCAGAGGGAUGGCUUCCGAGGAAACAGAGAGGAAGCUAUGAAGGAGCACGCAGGGCGAGCGCAGUCACUGAUAAAAGCGCGACAGAAAGAGCUUGCGAAACAGCAUGGCUGCUCGGUCUUGCCAACAAUGCUCAUACCACCGCUUAGCCAACUUCCACUCUUCGUAGGCUUCUCGAUGAUGCUCGGUAGGGUCUCUGCGCCUCCGACCGUCCUGGACUCUGAGUCCUUCUUGACUUUCACAUCCUUGUCACAUGGUGACCCGACGGGAACACUCCCCAUCAUACUUGGUGUCAUCACCUUUGCAAACGUAGACGCAUCUCGGUGGUUCAUGACCGCGGAGGCCCGUGCACGUGAACAGCAGGUCGCAGAGUGGACUACAAAACGGCGAGCAGCGGGAGAGACUGUCAUUGAGCCAAAGAAGAUUUUUCAAGCGUCAUUGCGCGUGGCGUCCGUAGGGCGUAUCCUCAUUGCGCUUUUGGUCCCGGGAAGCAUACAGCUGUACUGGGUAACCUCCGCCGCCUUUGGUCUUCUCCAAACAUGGGCGCUGGACUGGUGGGAAUUCCGAAGACGU